AUGCCGGCGGCGGCGGGGGACGGGCUGCCGGGCGAGCCGGCGGCGGGGGGCGGCGGGGCCGGCGGGGACGCGGCCCGCGAGGGGGGCUGCCUGCCCGCCUGGGUGAGCGGCGUGCCCCGCGAGCGGCUGCGCGACUUCCAGCACCACAAGCGCGUGGGCCACUACCUGGUGGGCAGCCGCAAGCUGGGCGAGGGCUCCUUCGCCAAGGUGCGCGAGGGGCUGCACGUGCUGACCGGCGAGAAGGUGGCCAUCAAAGUCAUCGACAAGAGGAGAGCCAGGAAGGACACCUACGUCACCAAGAACCUGCGGCGGGAGGGGCAGAUCCAGCAGAUGAUCCGCCACCCCAACAUCACCCAGCUGCUCGACAUCCUGGAGACGGAGAACAGCUACUACCUGGUCAUGGAGCUGUGCCCCGGCGGCAACCUGAUGCACCGCAUCUACGAGAAGAAGCGGCUGGAGGAGGCGGAGGCGCGCAGGUACAUCCGGCAGCUCAUCUCGGCCGUGGAGCACCUGCACCGGGCCGGCGUGGUGCACAGGGACUUGAAGAUAGAAAACCUGCUGCUCGACGAGGACAAUAACAUCAAGCUGAUCGACUUCGGACUGAGCAACUGCGCGGGGAUCCUGGGCCACUCGGACCCGUUCAGCACGCAGUGCGGCAGCCCCGCCUACGCCGCGCCCGAGCUGCUGGCCAGGAAGAAGUACGGCCCCAAGAUCGACGUCUGGUCCAUAGGCGUGAACAUGUACGCCAUGCUGACCGGGACCCUGCCCUUCACCGUGGAGCCGUUCAGCCUGAGGGCUUUGUACCAGAAGAUGGUGGACAAGGAGAUGAACCCGCUGCCCACCCAGCUCUCCACAGGAGCCGUCAGCUUCCUGCGCUCGCUGCUGGAGCCCGACCCCGUGAAGAGGCCCAACAUCCAGCAGGCGCUGGCCAACCGCUGGCUGCACGAGAGCCACACGGGCAGGGUGCCCUGUGUCACCUACCCCAACAGGAUCUCGCUGGCCGACCUGAGCCCCAGCGUCGUGCUGCACAUGACCCAGAAGCUGGGCUACAAGAACAGCGACGUGAUCAACACGGUGCUGGCCAACCGCGCCUGCCACAUCCUCGCCGUCUACUUCCUCCUGAACAAGAAGCUCGAGCGCUACGUGUCGGGGAAAUCCGACCUGCAGGACGGCGUCUGCUCCAAGGCCCCGCUCUGCCCGGUGGACAGGUGCCGGCCCGGCAGGGAGCCCUGCGAGGCCUCCCUGGACACCUGGACGCGAGACCUUGAAUUCCACACGGGGCAGGACAAAACUCCCAAAGAGCAAGAGAAAAAGGGGGACUUCCUUCCCCGGCCGUUUCCCCAGAAGCUGGAGAAGCACCUGCCGGCGCACAGGCAGCCCCCGGCCUCGCUGGUGACGCAGCUUCAGAGCACCAGGGCCCUGCUGCGCGACCGCAAGGCCACCAGGCCCGGCCCCCCCGACAGAGAUUCCUUCGGCUGCCGCAGUAUCUUCCGCAAAACCUCGGACCCCAGUUGUGUGGCUUCCUCUUCCAUGGAGUUCAUCCCCGGCCCCCCGCCCAGGACCCCCCGCAUUGCCAAGAAGCCGGAGCCGCCUCCACAGGGCCUGGGGGGCAGCGGCAUCGCCCCCAGAGAGGAGCCGCUGGUGCUAGACAUGGUCCGCUCCUUCGAGUCUGUGGAGCGCGAAGACCCGCCGGACCUGCUGUCCCCGGCCCACCCUUGCAGGGCGCUGGGCUCCCCCGGGGGCUCGGGGCGUGGCACCCCCGGGGAGCGGGCGCUGUCUCCCUCCCUGCUGCCCCAAAGCCCGUCCCCUCUCCAGACUCCUUUGCAUCCCACCCUGGUCUCCUUUGCUCACGAAGAGAACUGCCUCCCGAAAGAGGGGGGCGUGUGCUCCCCUCCUCCGGGUCCCAGUGCUGGUUCCCCACAGCCCCUGGGGAGCCCCAACUGUGUGAAAAGCCGGGGCCGGUUCCCCAUGAUGGGCAUCGGGCAGAUGCUGAGGAAGCGGCACCAGAGCCUGCAGCCCCCCGCGGACAGGCCGCUGGAGGCCAGCCUGCCCCCCCUGCAGCCCGCGGCGCCCGUCAGCCUCCCCUUCAGCAUGGCCGAGGCCGUCCAGGGCCAGUGCUAACUGGGCAGCAGCGGGACUGGCCACCCCAGGGAAGCGAUGGUACGAGCCCACAGUCCUUCAGGCGAAGGUUCAGGAACUGCACGGCCCCGGCCUCCAGCCACGCAGCUCCCUCCUGGGGGCAGCUGAGCCCCAGGCCCCACGCCUGCUCCACCCCGUCUGGCGUCAGAACCUGCAGAUACUGGGAUUCCCUAGCAGGUGGGCUGGGGUACAGCCAGUAACGCUCGUUUCCUCGCUCCCCCGUCACCUCAGUUGGGCUGGGGCGAGCACCUGCAUCGGCCCUGGGAGCACCUGGAUCAGCCCCGGGAGCACCUGCAUCGGCCCUGGGAGCACCUGGAUCAGCCCCGGGAGCACCUGCAUUGAGUGCACACCUGCAUCGGCCCUGGGAGCACCUGGAUCAGCCCCAGGAGCACCUGCAUCGGAGUGCACACCUGCAUCGGCCCCGGGAGCACCUUCAUUGAGAGCACACCUGCAUUAGCCCUGGGAUCACCUGCAUCGGCCCCAGGUGCUCAGGGGAUGGCUGUUACCAGGCUCCUCCUCACUGUGCUCUGCCUGCCUCUGGAUCACUUUCCCUUCGGCCACGGUCACCGCACGGGGACUGAGGCCGUGUCCUCCAGCCCCUCGUCCAGCCACGGUUUCCUGUCCUGGAUCGCCAGCUGGGCCUCGCGGGAAGACGGGCAGGAGCCGUGGCCAUGGGCUGGCCCCUCAGCGGGCAGGGGCAGCUGGGCACAGACCGGCCCGAUGGGGACCCGUGAAAGGGGCUCAUUUCCGCAGCGAGGUUCUGCCGGUUUCCUUCUUGGGUGAAUCUUGCUGCUGGUGGAGCCUCUUCCCCGAGGUGGCCUUUCGUUACGGGAGGUUCCACCGAAGUUGCAUGGUGUGUAAGCCCACGGAGAGCUGGGAACGGGCCCACCCAACGUGUUUGCGGGAGAGGAUGAGCGUGGAGGCGUGAGGAGUCACACAGGCCAUGCCGUGGUGGCUGGUGCCCAUGUGACCUGCAGGCCCGGCUGCCCUGUGUUCGCGCCGUUGUGUCAGCGUGGCCCUGACCCCCGGGAGGCGGAGCGCAGUGUCCGUGGGUCAUUUAGAGAAGAUGGUUGAGGUGGGCGCGGAUGCAUCUGGAAGGCACGGUCCCUCCACGCCGGUGCAGGCGGUGUCCUCGCCACCCGGAGAGCGCGCCCGCAGGUUCCAGCGGAGCCGGUUUGCCGUGAGCUCGCCUGGAGGGAUCACAGGCCAACUUCAGCGCCGGGUCUUCUCAGAGGAAAGCAGCUCCGAGUCCCUGCCCCGCGCUCACAUCUUCCCCCAGGAUGGAACCCACACGCCCCUCGGCUCCCUGUCCGCGCCCCCUGCGUGCGCGUCUGUGGGCCUGGCGCCUGGGCAGCACUGGAAAGAGAACUGGCACAGGGUGCACAGGGGCUAAUUCAGGGGCAGCUUACACAGCGGCCGGGUCCUCCGUGCUGGCCGGUGCAGGAGGGACACGAGCCACCACGGCGGCCGCCCCAGGACGUGUCCUCAGCCCACGGGAGCGGCCUCAGCUCGGGAGAACGGCAAAGACCAUGCCUGUUGGCAUGGUGGCCGGGCAGUGCCCAGGAGCAGGGCGGCUCAUCUUUGCUUGUCUGCCAGGGAGACCUCGUCUGCCUGGGCGAGGGGAAGGGCGUGUUUGCUGAGCCCUGAGCCCCGAGUCACUGCAGAGCCCCCUCUCGCUCACCUGGACGGACCUGCAGCUGCGCUCCCUAGCGGGGGCCACCCCGCUCCCUCCCGGGCCUCCUGGGCUGUGGCUGCAAUUCCCUUGUCUGGCUCCAGUCCGGGUUCUGGAACAUUCCAUUGGAAAUAGAGCUUUGGAAGCUGAGAGAAGCGUCUGGAAAAGGCCUGUCCAUGGACAUGGGGCCUGUUCUGAGGGUGGCUUCCCGCUGCUGCACGUACGUGCCUUGUGUGGGCUCCUCGCCCGUGUCCCUCUGUGUCCAGCUUCGUGGACGAGCGUGUGCCUGUCGCUGUCCCCGUCCUCGUGGCCGGCUCCCGUGCGGCCCGCCCGCUGGGCCACGCUGGUGACUGAACCGCGGACGCGGCCGCUCCAGGCCCGGCGAGGGGGGGAGCGGGGGGCGCACCUGUCCGUGUGUGAGCACCCGUCGGACCUGUGAGAGCGGGUGAGCGAGGAGAUGUCCGACGCUGUUAUUUUGGUAUUCAUACGGAGAGCCUGACUCCCUUCGGUCGGUACGAGCGCGCUGUCUCUGUGCCCCGGGCCUGUCUCGCCUGUGCGCCCGUGUCAUGGCCGCGUCAGCCGGAGCCCCCGACGGAAAUGCCUCGCCGUCUCGGGUCCAGGGGACCGUGGUGGGCAACCUGGGCGUGAGCAGGCCUGUGCUUUCUUACGACUGUGAAAUACACGUUCCCUCACUGUG